ACCUACAACACGCCUGCGUAGAGACAAGCUUUCCAAUGCAACGACAGAAUGAAUAGAUCGCAUUCAGGCAGCUAGUUAGCUAACUUCGCUGCUAGCUAGCUACAGUGUAAGCAAAUAGAAAGGGCAAGGGAGCUAGUUCAGUGUUUUGUAGCCAGUUUUCACAGUUCAGUUAGCUGACGUUGGCUAGGAAGCUAUUCUAAUGCAAUUCCACCAUAAUCUGGAUACAAACCACUAUCAGUCGGAUAUAGCUUUAUUUCUUUCGGCCUUGUUGAGACUUUUGUGUGGGUUUGACGUUAGCUAGCUCAAGGUAGCCAACUAACGUUUGGGUUGGCUAGCUAGUUAGCCAGUUCAUGCAUUUUAUGUUAUGUUAGCUAUAGUCUAUGCAUUUUAGUUAUAAGAUGGUUUACAAAAAUGCGUUUUAUUUCUUUCCAACAAGAACAUAAUUGUUCUUGCUAGGUUGAUACAUAAACAAAAUGUCGCUGGCGGUAUGGGAACCGCUGGAACUGGCUGGCUAACUUUAGCUAGGUAGCUAGCCAGCUAGUUACUAAUACUGACGUGUGACAAUGCCUGUGGUGGAUGUCGCAUGGCGUUUGCCAGCCAUCUACAGUUGUAUUUACCAAGCGUUGAACAAAUUAUAAAUUUGACUUGUUUAUUCAAAAUGUAGCCUAAACGUAGCGUAUCUAGUUGCGGUUAUUAUAAGUUACCAGUCUAUAUCAUAUAUCUGAACUGUCCAAGCUGGCUACAAAGAAUGGAUGGUCAACAACAGACACAAUCAGCUGGACUAUCCCGCAUUGCGUGCUAUCCGCAGCAUUUUACCAUUAUUUCCCUAUGUCGUUUUGUAAACGAUUACUGUCCACAUUCCAUAUAUUGUCUCAUUUUCUCUUGCUGUGUAACGUUAGCGUCAGCCAUGAUGUACCAUUGACUUCGAUACUUGCAGCUAGCGUAACAUAACAUUACACAGAGAGUUGUCUGGAGGGCGAGGUGGCGGCGCCCAGACUCAGACACGUUACCUUGAAUGAACCGAUUCUGGCUGCAGACACACAGACUACCCGGUCUAUACCGCCUUUGUUGGGUUAGCUUGCAUUAAUUCGGGCGACCACUUUAUCUACCUUUGCUAUCGGUAGGACGUACGAACAACAGCAAUCUCAUUCUGCAUUUUAUUUGGAGUAACGGUUUCCAAAUGAGGCGUGGUUUUGAGCGAGUGAUUGCCUGAAAUGAAUGGAUAGAAUACGUCACGGCGGCGAAUGCGAUUAAAUUAAGGGAUAUUUGCUUGCACGUCUACGCUGAUUGAUCCUGUUUCAGUGAUUUGUUUGUUUUGUAUAGGACACGUUCAUAACUGCUCCUGGUUUGAUAAUGAGGCUUGCAAAAAUAGUUAGCUAACGUUACUGCAAUUUAUCAUAUCAAAGAGACGCAUUUUCUUUUCUGUGUAAUUUCUAACCUGGUACUUCCUGGUCCUCAUGGAGUAGUCUAGCCUACCCCCUUAUAUGUUGUUUAAUUCUAACAUUAACUAAUUACUGAGGUGUUAGAGCUGUUAAUUGGACACUUGUCUAAUGAGGGAUGAUUUACUGUCUUAAUGCCGCAUUGUGUUCGGUACAGAUAUUCAUUUUUAAAAGGAUGAAUACUUCUUAUUCAUUUGAAGACUUUUAAUCAGUCAGAUGAGUUCUCUUACAACUAUUGCUUCGUUUUCUCUUAUGAGCUCUGGCAAAUUAUUCCUUGAGAGGUUACAUCUUUCCUUGACGAGUUGGUACACCUACAGCUGAAUUCCAAAAUCCUCAGUGUGGAAACCUGGCAUGGAUUUCCCCGGGCACUUUGACCAGAUCUUCCAGCAGCUGAACUCCCAGCGGCUGCACGGCCAGCUGUGCGACUGCGUGAUCGUGGUGGGCAGCCGGCACUUCAAGGCCCACCGCUCGGUGCUGGCCGCCUGCAGCACGCACUUCCGGGCGCUCUUCACGGUCGCCGAGGGCGACGGCAGCAUGAACAUGAUCCAGCUGGACAGCGAGGUGGUGACGGCCGAGGCCUUCGCCGCCCUGGUGGACAUGAUGUACACGUCCACGCUCAUGCUGGGCGAGAGCAACGUGAUGGACGUGCUGCUGGCCGCCUCCCACCUGCACCUCAACGCCGUGGUCAAGGCCUGCAAGCACUACCUGACCACCCGCACCCUGCCCAUGUCCCCGCCCACUGGGGACAGGACCGCCCACCACCACCACCAACCGGACCAGCAGCAGGGCCCCCCGGCCGGCUCCGCCUCCCGGCUCCAGCGCUCCUUCCUGCUGCAGCAGCUGGGCCUCAGCCUAGUCAGCUCCGCCCUGGGGGGGAUGGACGAGGCGGGGCGAGGGGGAGGGGGAGGGGGAGGCGGAGGCGGGGGGGCGGUGGAGCAGCGCGCCUCCUUCCCCAUCCGCAGGUUCCACAAGCGCAAGGCCUCCUCCUCCUCGCUGAUGACCCCCGAGGACAGGCAGAGGCAGAGGCUCCGCCCCCUCCUGGACCCGGAGGACCCCCUCCUAGCGAGGGCGGGGGAGGGGGGCGGAGGGCUCCUCUCCCCGGACUCCCUCAGGGCGGGCGACGAGCCCAAGCCGGAGACGGGCGGCGAGGAGGAGAAGUACGGCGGGGGCGGAGCUCAGGAGGACGCGCAGAUGCCCAGCCAAUCGGACGGCGGGCGGGAAGGCGGGCCGGGGAAGGAGGAGCCGGGCGAGGGGGUCGUCGUCAAGGUGAAGGAGGGCGCGGAGGACGAGGAGGAGCCGCAGCACGUGCGGGUGGUGGUGAAGGCCGAGCCCCUGAGCUCCCCGGAGCCGCCGGACGAGGCCAGCGACGCCGCCUCCCAGGCGGAGGGCAGCGACCACGCCGAGCCCGGCGCCGACAAGAUCGAGCUGAGCCCCGAGAGCAGCGGCCGCAGCUCCUCCGGCCCCCAGUCCAGCACGGACCCCCGCGCCGGGGACGGGGGCCCGGGCAGGGAGGGCCCCGGCGAGGACGGCGGGCGCAGGGGCCCCGGGGGCGGGGCGGCGACGGGAGGCGACGGCGGCGCGGACAGGAAGCAGGGCUUCAGCGUCUCCGGCUUCCUGUGCGCCCAGGGCUUCGGGGAGCCGGGCCCCGGGUCGGCCGGGGACGACAGCCUGCCCAACACCACCACGGCGGAGUGCCGCCUGGACGGGGAGGCGCGCGGGUUCCUCCGGAGCCCGGGGUCGCUCAACGGCCCGUCGUCCUCCGCGGCGCACCCCGGCGCGCUCCACGCCCACCAGCACUUCCUGUCCGGCGAGCCGCACCCUUUCGGCGACGUCCACCCGGACGCCCUCUUCCUGCGGCCCGUCGAGGACGGGCUCGGCUACCGGCGGGUGGGCGGGGCCGACCAGUUCGCCCUAGACUUUCAGCGCUCCAGCCUGGGCUUGCACUCGCUCGCCCGUUCCUCCAGGGGGGGCGGGGGCGGGGGCGCGGCGAGCCUGGGGUUCCCCGGCUACCGUCGAAUCGCCCCCAAAAUGCCCCCCAACGGGGGAGGGGGUCCCCUGCACGCGGACGGCGGCCAGCUCCCGGACGCCUCUUCUUCCUCCGGAGCAGCGGGGGGCGCCAUGCUCAUGAACGGGGUCGGGUACGAGGGCGCGGGGGGGGCGCAGGCCGCGCCCCCUCAGCUGACCAGGGCGUCGGCCGACGUCCUCUCCAAGUGCAAGAAGGCGCUGUCGGAGCACAACGUCCUGGUGGUGGAGGGCGCCCGCAAGUACGCCUGCAAGAUCUGCUGCAAGACCUUCCUGACGCUGACGGACUGCAAGAAGCACAUCCGCGUGCACACGGGCGAGAAGCCCUACGCCUGCCUCAAGUGCGGCAAGCGCUUCAGCCAGUCCAGCCACCUGUACAAGCACUCGAAGACCACCUGCCUGCGCUGGCAGAACAGCAACCUGCAGAGCUCCAUCCUCUGAUCCGCCCCAACCGCACCCUAACCCCUCCCC